AUGACGAUAUACCCCGAUGGUGGGAUUAAGCGCGUCCGUCUUUUCGGCCGCCGCGCGCCAUCAUAUGACAUCCCUUUAGUCCUUCCCGAGCCCAAAUCAACCACAUCCGAUCUUCCCGCCCCAUUUCUCUGCGUCUGUCCCUCAAAGCCUGCCAUCACAGUCCCAGUAUUACCUCUGACUCGAGCAGCUUUUUCACCCUUUGGAUAUACGAUCGAAGCUCAUGAUGAUCCACGUACCUGGCAUCCGUCCAUCCAACAUAAGACCGUAAACUUUGGAAGUGCGGAAAAGUACUGUGACGUAGCUCAGAUUGAGACAUUGAAAACGCCAACAGGAGUUGAACCCAAGUCUAAUCUAUGCAUUUUUAGCGCUCAGCCUUGGCCUGAAACUAUCGGUGGUGAAGGUAACAGACGCUGGAAGUUGAAAGGACUAGAACGACAUGCAUACAGCUCACAGAGUUUUUUACCUCUUGCGUCUAACAAAGAAGUUUCGGGCCUUGGUAGCUAUUUAGUUGUUGUAGGCUAUGACAAUGGAGAUGGGAAACCAGAUUGGAAGAAUUUGAGAGCUUUCCUAGCUCAAGCGGACCAAGGGAUCUCAUACAAGCCUAAUACAUGGCAUGCUCCACUGAUAGCAAUCAAAGAGCCAAUGAAUUUUGCAUGCAUAGUAAAUGAAACUGGAAUUCCUGAAUUCGAUUGCGAGUUGGUAGAAUGUGGAGGAGAAGAAGUGGUUUGUGAAUUAAAUCAAUAGUCACACAUGAUUGAUAUGAGUUAUACAACCCGUGUAUGAUUUUGGAUAGGAUCACAAAGGGUAUUUUGAUUUUAUUUCAUCUUGUUGUUGUUGGUAUAAACAUGAAGGUUAUGUACACGUACACCUGAAUCAAAGAAUUGUCCAUGUGCUUUGGAAUGAUAUUUCAAAGAUCAUCAAGAGGGCC